ACUUACAUAAACAAAAACCCAAACUUUCCCUUUCUCCUUCUUUUACAAUAUACUCCGGAGAGAGAUAUAGGGGGAGAAAGAGAGAGAGAGAGAGAGAGAGAGAGAAUGGAUGAGUUGCUGGUGUGUGUAGAUAGGAUAAUAGCGUCAGCUUGCUUUGAUUCAGUUAGUGAAAGAGGUGAGAGGCUUUUGAGUGAUGAAGCUAAUCAUCAUGUUGUUCAAGUUGAAAAGUUGGAAGAAAUGAAGAAUGGGGAAGUGGGUUGUUGUUCAGAGUGUAGGAUUUGUCAAGAAGAAGAUGAACAACAUCACAUGGAAGCUCCUUGUGCUUGUAAUGGAACUCUAAAGUUUGCACAUAGGAAGUGCAUCCAGCUAUGGUGCAACAAGAAGGGUGAUAUCACUUGCGAAAUUUGCAAUCAGGUCUUUUCACCAAAUUAUGAUCUUCCGCCAGCAAAAAACAGUUCUGAUGUCAUGGCAAUUGAUAUCAGGCAAGCUUGGGGUGCAAACAUUGAUCUUCGGGACCCUCACUUUCUGGCUUUUGCUGCUGCUGACAGUCGGUUUCUGCAAGCCGAAUAUGAAGAGUAUGCUGUUGCAAAUUCUGCAAGCGUGGCGUGUUUCCGCCCCGUGGCCUUCAUUUUGAUGUUUAUUUUGCUUUUACGCCAAGCCCUGAUGUUAACAAGAGACUCCGGGAUGAUGCAGGAAUCGUCAACAUUCUUCAAUAUCCAGAUAUCUCUUCUUCAGCUUGCUGGUUUUUUACUUCCAUGCUAUGCAAUGGCCAGGUUGUGGUACAUCGUCCGAAGCCGGAGGAGGCAGGGACAAAUAGAAUUUUAGUUGACGUUCAACAUCAAAUUUCCUAUUGAGGCAUCGGCAAGCUUCAAGGUUAAGCAGCUUCCGUGAACAUAUGAUACAGUUAACUUGAGCUAUUUUGCUGGUGAACUUGAUAAGUAAUUGUAAAUAUGAAUAUUGAGUUCACCAAGCAUUUUCAUUACUUUCUUGCGGUGUUGUAGUAUUUAGAUGCCCUAAAAAAAUAUCGAAGUACUUUUUCUGCUUA